AUGAGUCUACCAGAUGUACUACCAUUAGAAGUUAUUGAUAAGACAAUAAAUCAACCUGUAUGGAUAAUAUUGCAAUCUAACAGAGAGUUUACAGGUACUUUGGUUGGUUUUGAUGAUUUUGUUAAUGUUAUAAUUGAUGAUGCUAAAGAAUAUAUCGUAAAUGACAAUGGUGAAAAUGAAUUGGUUAUGGAACAUCACGGCAGAUUACUACUAAGUGGUGGUAAUAUUAAUAUGUUAGUGCCAGGUGGCAAAAAGGAUAUAUAG